GGUGACACUCCAUAGUAACUUGACGUUUCGGAAAGAUAGAGGUGCCCUCUGGACGUUGUCCCCAAACUAGUAUCGAAAGGGAUGCCCACAGUAAAUCGUUGAGUUUCGAAACUCGAUUCCUUCAUCAUCGAUUUACAAACAAAAUAAUUUUUGGUUGCUUUUCUGCUGUAUUAAAUAUAAAUAAAAUAAUUUAAACAUAAUAUAUAUAUCACAAUAAUAUAAAUUUGAUGUUUUAUUUCUAAGAAUAUGACUAAACAAAAAAUAAACAAAUCGAUUUUUUAUAACUGUAAUCGAGUUGAUCUCGAGCAUAACAUGGGGGAUGUCCCUAAAGUGUUCACAAAAUGGCUACUGUUCUGUGCGUAUGCGCUUUUCAAUAGUAUUUUUGUGUAUUCUUCAUUUAUUUCGUUUUUUUUAACUCCGGUAAGAGCGUCAAGUCGAGCCCUCAGUGUUCCUUCGCCUUACCGUCGAGAAUUUCCGAGAGGUUUUGUGUUAGUGCUAAAACUAAAUAACGAUAGGACGUUUGCGAUAAAGACGCUUUUCAUUUAUUUUUAGUGUUUUUCUAGUGUAUUUCAAUAUGCCUAGACUCUGUGCAUUUGGGUGUUCGUCCAAGGGUAAGUUCAAACACACAUUAGACAAGAUUUGUGCAUUACCUGUCCCAAACCAAAAACAAGUUCUAUGUACAUGUUAUCUUUUUACGCUAUACCUGCUAUGAAAUUUAGAAGAUUGAUAACCAUUAUUAUAACCAUAAUAAAACCCAGAGCACAAAGGGUACUUACUUCUUAGUUUUUGUCACACAAUAUUAGUUGAUGAGUUAGGUUACUUAUAAAAAUUUAUGAAAAAAAAGUUUCUGUGUUCUCGUUUCAGUCAAAUGUACAAAUGUUAUUCAAUGAUGAUAUUAUAAUAACCAAUCACUGUUUAAUAUUUUCAGGUACAAUAAUGCAUCGUUUUCCAGAUGCAAAAAAAUAUCCUGAUCGUUUCAAGGCAUGGGUCACUCUGGUUGGUGGAAAACUUGUAACGGAAACUGAUUUUGAGCAUUUUAAGAAGAAGAUGGUUUGCGAUAAACACUUCACGCAAAACGACAAAAACAGGAACCAUCGCUUAAACAAUUCAGCAAUACCUUCACUUUAUUUAUCGGGGACACCAAUGAAUGAGAGUGAAAGUGCAAGUGAUCAAGUUACUGUAGAAGAGACAACACCCACACUUUGCAGUACUACUACUCAUAGCGAAAUAUUGUUACCUGAUAACAUAGGCUCCCGCCAUCAAUUUUCUAUAGCGGAGUAUGUUCAAACAGAACACAAUUAUAGUGUUAUCAGCAAAAGUAGAGAUGACUCCAGAAAAGUACCAUUGAAGGAAUCUGUUCGACGAACUUCAAAAGUUUUUCAAAAAGACAUCCGUAUGCUGCGCUUGGAAAUAUCACGCUUGCGUAAGAAAACAACAACUUUCAAGGCGAGAUUGGCUAAUGCAGAAAAACUUGCUGAGAACACUGCAUUUCAACAAGUGGCAGAAAAAAUGUCGUCAACAUCGCAACUAUUUAUGCAUAUGCAAUUGCAAAAUGUUAAAAAAUCAAAAGGAAGGCGUUUCACUAUUGAAGAAAAAGUUCUAUGUUUGUCAUUGUUUAAAAAGAGUCCGAAAUGCUAUAAACUUUUACAUAAAUAUUUUACUUUGCCAUCCAUAAAGGCUAUGCAACGAUUAAUUAGCCAAAUAAAAGUAUGUCCGGGGAUCAACCCCAUAAUUUUUAAAAAACUCAAAGCUACUGUACUGGAUAUACCAGUAAAUGACCGUCUUUGCAGUUUAAUUUUCGAUGAGAUGUCAUUAACACCACAAGUGUCGUAUGAUGCACACAAAGAUAGUUUGGAAGGGUUUUCCACUAAUAAGACGACUGAAUUCGCUGACCAUGCUCUGGUAUUCAUGAUUAAGGGCAUCAAAAGUAAUUUUAAACAACCAGUUGCGUAUUAUUUUACGACAAAAUUAAAUAAAUUAGAAUUAAAAACUGUUAUUAAAGAGGUAAUUAUCAAUUGCCAAAAUGCAGGCUUAAUUGUAAUAAAUACCGUAUGUGACCAAAGCACAGUUAAUGUAAGUGCAAUAUCAGACAUGGUUAGUGAUACAAAAGCUUUAUUUUUAAAAAAUGGUAAAGAGUGGCGCCAUGACGUUAUACGCGUUAAUAAACGGAACAUUAUACCACUAUAUGAUGUCCCUCACCUAAUUAAAGGUAUUCGAAACAAUUUAUUAAAUAAAGACAUGUCAUAUGAAGUGGAUAAUGAAAUAUAUGUAGUAAAGUGGGAGUAUUUUCAAAAAUUAUAUGCAGCAGACACUUCUUAUGGGGAAUUGAGGUUAUUAGAUAAAAUUACGGAAGAGCACAUUAACCCAGAAAAAAUAAAUAAAAUGCGGGUAAAAUGCGCAACACAAAUAUUUAGCCACAGCGUUGCUGUGGCUGCAGAACAUUUAACCGGUAGGGGCAAUUUGCCGAUUGAAUGUAAGCAAUUAAUUAAAAUUACCUUAUUAUUGGACAAUUUGUUUGACAGCCUUAAUGUAAACUCUUUUAAUCCUAUUAAUGGUAAAAAAUAUAAAGGUGCUGUCAGGCGAAAUUCUUGUCAUCACCAAUUGUGGAGAAAUGCAAAACAAAUUUUGAAGACUAUUAGAUUUAGAGAAAAGAAAUUUGUUGGAAACAAAAUUAGAUUGACUGAAAAAGUGGUACCAUCUGUCACAAAUUUUAUAAAAACGAUUGAGGGCAUGGAAGCAAUUUGGGAUGUUUUGUCUAAAAAGUAUGGUUUUGAUACAUUGUUUACUCGUAAUUUUAAUCAGGACCCAGCAGAAAACUUUUUUGGGAAUGUCAGAAGUUUCGGAGGAAGAAAUAAUGCUCCUAAUUCAGUUGCCUUUCAAGGAGCAUUUAAGGCGCUUUUAUUAAAUAAUUAUAACUCUCCUCAUUCUAAUCGAUCUAACUGUGAAGAAGACAAUAACAAAUGUCUGCAGUCAUUACAUUUUUUUUUAGAUAAAGAAAUCAUUGAAACUUCUGAUGUUCCUACUCAUGAAGGAAAUGUAUUUUGUAAUGAAGAUAUUUUUGAUGUAGUCGAUUUUAAUAAUGAAAUAGACGCAGGUCAAAGAAAUUAUGUAUGUGGAUGGGUCUUGACUAAAUGCUUAAAAAAUGUUGCAAAAGGCUGUAAACAAUGUAAAGAAGACUUACUUGAUAACAAAAAUGAUAACGAAAGUAAUGCAUUCAUAAAAGCAAAAGAAUAUGCCAACAAGAAAUGGCUUUGUUACCCCAACAAAUAUACAGAACAUUGCUUCCAUGAAAUACAAAAUAUAAUAAUAUCAUUUUUGAAAAAAGACGCACCAAAAACAAAUGUAAAAAAAAAUAUAUGUGCUUUUAUUAACUUAUUAGUUAAUUUCCCAUUUAAAUGUCAGAGGCACAACGAAGUUUUAAAAGAAUAUUUCACUAAUAUUACCCUCAACGUAGUGUUACACAGUUGGUGUCGCUCAGUCAACCGAAUUUUGAGUGGUAAAAUAAAAUAUGAAGGGGAGGACGAAAUUAAAACAGCUGCACAAUUGUACUACGAUAAACACAAACAUUAUAAAAAUAAAAAAUGAUUAA